AAGUCGAGUUAGAGAGCACAUCUCUCUGCGGCACGGUGGGCUGUGCAUGACUCGCUGCCCGUCGGCCAUUUCGCCAGCCAAACCCCGCUCCACACACCCGCGCGCGCGAGCGGUCUAUGGUUUCUACAACAGCUGUAACGUUCACCAUUACACAUCUGACCUAUGUUAGCAACAAAUCACGUACCUUUCCCUUCGAGAAUCGCAAGAACAUAGCCGCGAUUGCUCUCAGCCCGGAUAGCAAUGUGCUAGUGAGCGUGGACGAAGGUAUGUCCCAUUACAACACUCUGGCGGAACCAUGACACAUCUUCCCCAGAUGGCCG